CUGUGUAAUUCUAAAUUAUCAACUUUAUUUACAUGUUCAGUGUAAUGCUAGGACUGCAAUAAAUUUUAAAUUGAUUCUGAUUGUUAAGCAGUUUAAAAGCUACCUUUCUAAUUUGGACAAAUUCGCAACCAUUGUAUCGGGAUGAAAGUGGUUGUAUAUCUAAUAUUACUGACUGGAUGUUUGGCAGCAUCAAAGCUCCAUCAAGUGAUAGAUAAUGGUCACAGCUUCAAUGUUACAGUUAAUAAUAUUUUGAUAUUUCAACAUACCUAUGACAACCCUAUGCUAUACGUUGGAAUGGGAAGAACGAGCUUCCUAGAAUUCCGUGGGAAUUUCCGUAUUGACAACGACAUCGACAGAAGAGUAGGACUGCGAAAUUACACAUAUCAGAAUUUUAAUUGGACAGAUGAGAUUGACUUUUUGGAGGACAAACAUCAGCUGAGAUUUCGGAUCACGACAUACAAUGACAGAUCAGUAGGGAUUGAAAUAUAUAAUAAUGGUAUAGAAUACGAUUAUCUUUGGUUUCGAGUUGUUGCUGAAGCCUCAGAACAAGUUUACGGCCUUGGAGAACAAUUCAGUCACCUAAAUCUGCGGGAAUUUUCUUACACACCAGGGAAGGACCCAGAAUUAUUCUCAGUCAGUAGGUCACUUGACAGAAUUUAUCCCAUUUGGACAAGAGAACAAGGUGUUGGACGGGACAUACAUGACCAAGUGACAUUUUUCGCCGAUAAAAUGAGUGGCGCUGGCGGUGAUUAUCAUACGACAUACUUUCCCCAAGCAACCUUCAUCAGUUCAAGGAACUACCUAUUCCAUUACGAUGGCUAUAACUAUGUUGAGUUCGAUUUCAGUCACAACCAAUAUCACGAAGUUUUCAUAAAAGGAAACUUUUCCAAUAUUUCAAUCAUACCCCGAAAUAGCAUGAUGGACCUCGUGAAAAGUUUUGUUACAGACACGCCGUUGGGAAAGAUGGCAGCUCUACCUAGCUGGUUACGAGAUGGGAUUAUACUUGGCGUUCAAGGAGGAACAGAUAUUAUGUUGAAAAGGCUGAAGACUGCACAAGACCAAGGAGUUGCUGUAAAUGGGUUGUGGAUACAGGACUGGGCUGGAAUUAAGAACACUACAUUUGGACAGAGAUUGUUUUGGAAUUGGAAAUGGAAUCCAAAAAGAUAUCCGGGUUUGGACCAGAAAAUAAAAGAUCUGAAAGCUCAAGGAGUGAAGGUGCUUGCUUAUAUAAACCCAAAUUUGAAUAUCGAAGGUGAUUUGUAUAAGAAUGCAUCAAGCCAAGGUUUUGUAGUGAAAAACAGAACUGGAAACCCGUAUCUUUUAGAUUUUGGCGAAUUUUUGUGUGGUAUAGUUGAUUUGACCAACCCAGAUGCAUUUAAUUGGUACAAAGGUCAGAUUAAAACUAACAUGAUAAAACUAGGUCUAAGUGGCUGGAUGGCAGAUUUCGGAGAGUAUCUUCCCGUAGAUGCUGUAGUAUUUGAUAAAACUAUGUCUAUUGAGAUGGUACACAAUCAGUGGCCAGUAUUGUGGGCAAUGUUAAAUAGGCAAGCAGUAGAGGAGUCGGGCAAACUAGGAGAGAUAGUCUUCUGGAUGAGAGCUGGUGCUGCACGUACUUCAAACUUUACCACACUCAUGUGGGCUGGAGACCAGAAUGUAGACUUCAGUUAUGGUGAUGGCCUACCGUCCACCAUUAUAGCUGCUACGUCUAUGGGUCUGUCAGGUACAGGUCUAACACAUUUCGAUAUUGGAGGCUACACUACUUUUGGAUCAUUAGGACUUAGAAGAACAGCUGAGUUGUUACUGAGAUCUGCAGAAAUGGCGGUGUUUACACCAGUCAUGAGAACUCAUGAGGGCAAUCAACCGGACUUCAAUGUACAGGCUUACUCCAAUCAAUACAUCCUUUUACAGUUUGCCAGGCUAGUCCAGAUUUAUAAAAUGUUAGGAAAUUACACUAACUCUGUCAUACAGAUCUGUGUUAGGGAUGGAAUUCCCGCACAAAGACCUCUAGUUCUUCACUAUCAAAAUGAUCCAUUGGCCUUAAACGCUAAAUAUCAGUACAUGUACGGUUCCGAUUUAUUAAUAGCACCAGUUAUACAGGCUAAUGUUACAUCACAGAAAGUUUAUCUUCCUCAGGGUGAAUGGGUAUUUUUAUGGAAUAAUUCCUUGCAAACUGCAGGAAAUAAAUAUAUAAUGGUACCUGCUCCUAUAGGACAACCACCGGUGUUUUACCAGAAAACAUCACCAUAUUCAGCAACAUUCAAGGCCAUUUCUAAAAUACCACUGGUACCGCCACCACCAACAACCAACCAACCAUCUACAAAGACCCCAGGAUUGUUUGAUUUUAAGACUGCCAGAGAGUGUCAAGCAGAUAAAAGAUCCUGUGCUUCUUUACCAUGAACAGUUAGUGUGGAUAUCAUAUAAAUAGUUGUACUUAUAUAAUGUGUCGCCAUCAAUAUGUUCAGUUGGUGUUAAAAAGUCAUUUUUGUUAACAAGUAUACAGUUAACAAAAAACAAAAAAAAAUGGCUUUCCAAGUUUGUAUAGAUGAUUUUUAUAUUUUAAUAUGUCCUGUUAAAAUAAUUGGAAAGAAAAUUUUAUUUUACACAUGAGGUAGAACUGUUUGUUAGUUUAAGGAUAGAUGUUUUCCCUUUCACUGGGGAAAGUGGCAACACGUAACUUUGUGCCUUUGUUCUUGUCUAUAACAAAUAAAGGUAUAAUGUA